AUGGACUUGACGCCCCUGUCUGGACAUAAGGUUGUCAACCAGGAAAAGUUAGAGUUGACAAAACUAAUGUUUGGUGCUGGAACAUUCAGUGGUCUCUAUAAUGCUCUAGAAAACGAUUGGCCAUUACGAGCAGCACAACGAGCCUUCGAACUAGGCACGAAUUACACAAAUUUAUUCAUUAUAAACACAUCACGCGCCUUAAAUAAUACUCGCAUAAAUGGUUUCGACACAAGUCCAUAUUAUGGCGACAGCGAGAUAAUACUAGGCGAUGCAUUACACGCACUGCGUCAUAAAUAUCCACGAAACACAUACUACAUUGCCACUAAAGUAGGCCGCUACGGUCCCCUGAAAAAAGAUUUUGACUAUUCGCCUGAACGCGUGGAAAAGAGUGUGAAUGAUAGUUUGGCGCGAUUAAAGACCGAGUAUUUGGAUAUUGUAUAUGCGCAUGAUGUGGAAUUUGUCGAGGUGGAGGAUGUGGUUGGUGUUAAUGGAGCUUUGUCAAAAUUGUUUGAGCUGAAGAGAAAAAAGAAAAUUCGAUACGUUGGGAUAAGUGGUUACCCACUGGACGUCUUGCUUAAAAUUGCCAAAAUUCAACACGAUCGUCACCAACCUAUUGACAUCAUCCUCACAUAUUGUCACUACACACUACAAAACACGCUUCUUGUCGACUAUAUUCAGAAAUUUCGCAAAGAAGCAGAAGUUAAAUACGUGUUGAAUGCAUCACCCUUAAGUAUGGGUCUAUUACGUGAUAAACCUCCGCCAAAUUGGCAUCCAGCGUCCACCGAGUUAAAAAAUGCUGUUAGAAAAUGUGCCGAGAUCGCUACUAAUGAAUAUCGACAAAACAUCUCUAAACUUGCGGUGCAGUUUUCAUUGGGGUAUGAUGAAGUGGAGAGUACUGUUAUCGGAUUUUCUAAUAAUCAUGAAGUAGAGGAGUCGGUAGCGUGGUUGCAUGAAGUUGAAUCGCUCAAGCUUAACGGGAAUACUAUAAUGCAAACACAACUAUUUGAUAAGAUUAAGAAUAUUUUGGCUCCGUAUUAUAAUCAGACUUGGGCUUCACCACCGCCUGAAUGA